UUGGUGGUCGAUUGAGCUUGGUUAGUGCAAAAAAAAAAAUCGAUUAAAUUCCAAUGAAAAGUGUAAUAAAACAAAAAUGGAUGUGGUUGGACUUUUAAACAAUAUAAAUGAUAAAUCGGACAUGUUUGCGGUCAAAACAUGGACCUCUGAGUGGUCGAAUAGCUUCCAAGAUAAUCAAUUACUGUGGUCUUUCUGCGGUUGCCUUCUAGUUUCUCUAUUAGUAGUUUGCUUCUACUACUAUCGGCGAUGUCGAACAAAAGAAUUGUCUGGAGGCACAGGUAUCGCAGCUGCGGGCGAGCCCGCAAAACGAUUUCGAAAACGAGACAAAAUGCUCUUCUACGGCAGGCGAAUGCUGAGGAAGGUCAAAUCGAUAUCCAACUCGGGUCAGGGUCGAAAAAGACGAGCUGUUAUGAGGUUCGCGCGGAAACUUCUGCAGCUUAAGAAGGAGUCAGCUCCCGAACAACUAAAGGUGCUGGAACCACCAGCGGAAUAUCUCGAGGAGGAUUUGACGAGCGACGACCGUGUCCCCCCGGACGCGCUGUACAUGCUGCACAGCAUCCGAGUGUUUGGCCACUUCGAGAAGCCGGUCUUCCUGAUGCUGUGCAAGCAUACGGAAAUUCUCAAUUUGCCAGCUGGAUCCUUUCUCUUCAAAGUGGGCGAUACGGACGAAAACGUGUACGUGGUGCAGAACGGUCGCGUUAACGUUUACAUCACAAACCAAGAUGGCACGAGUUUGUCCUUGAAAAUUGUGCGCGCCGGAGAAAGCGUCACUUCUCUGCUCAGUUUCACUGAUGUUUUGACUGGUCAUUCUCAACCAUACAAAACAGUGAACGCAAAAGCCCUGGAGGACUCCCAAGUUAUAAAGUUACCGAUGCGAGCCUUCCAGGAAGUUUUCAAAGAAUAUCCAGACAUAUUUGUUCGAGUAAUACAGAUUAUAAUGGUGCGUCUGCAAAGAGUUACGUUCACAGCACUGCAUCAGUAUCUUGGUUUAAGCGCUGAAUUGGUUAAUCCAGGCCGUGAAAAAAGGCGACCCACGACAACGGCAUCUCCGGGUAAAUCUGGCAAAUUCGUGGUAGACUGUGGCACCUCGAUGCACUCACCGCACCAUAGCGAGAGAAACCUGCUGGAUCACAUGCAGGAAGGUCACCAGACCUCGUCGCCCAUCCACAUACAGGGCAGAAAGCCGCGACCCGAUAUGGUGCCCGACGUCACAUCUAACACCCCACAGAAUACGCCGCAGCAACAACCGGACGUCCAACCAACUUCAUCAUUCCAGAGAUCCAAAGAAGGAUCUUCUUUCAAAAAGCACAACACAGAUACUAUGGAUGAGCAGGCUCUUUUACAAAUAGCAACGGAGGCAUUUGUCAAGGAGUUGGGCCUCGAAAACGAUGAUCUACUUAAAGGCAAUGUGCAAGUGAGAGAUCUUCCUGCCGGUACUUAUAUCAUGAAGGAGGAAAGUCAUAAGCUAUAUUACAGUAUCAUGGGUGAACCAGAAAUCGUUCAGGACGUUGCUCUUGUGUACCUACUUUCGGGAGCUUUGCUCGUAUCACAAAAAGUUGCAGAAGGCGAGGGAGAAGUCCACAUGUUCACCGCUUAUCCUGGUGAAGUGGAAGGUGGUUUAGCCGUACUAACCGGAGAGCCUAGUUUCUUCUCAAUCCGGGCUAAACACUUCUCUCGUAUAGGACUCCUGUCAAAGACAACAGUAUACAGCAUAAUGAGGGAGCGUCCCUCGGUGGUACUUCAUAUAGCUAACACUGUGGUGAAGAGACUCUCGCCAUUUGUCAGACAAGUGGACUUCGCUUUGGAUUGGGUUUUUCUCGAAUCGGGACGUGCGGUGUAUCGUCAAGACGAGGAAUCUGGAUCGACGUUCAUCGUGCUUAGCGGAAGAUUGCGUUCUGUUAUAACUCAUCCCAAUGGCAAGAAGGAACUAGUCGGUGAAUACGGCAAGGGCGAUCUUGUAGGAAUCGUAGAAAUGGUGACCCAAACUAGACGCAGUACGACAGUGAUGGCAGUGCGGGAUUCCGAGCUUGCGAAACUUCCGGAAGGUCUCUUCAACGCGAUCAAACUUCGAUUUCCAGUUGUCGUGACACGGCUGAUCAACUUAUUGGGCCAUAGAAUUCUAGGCUCAUGGCAGAAACCUACAGCCGGUUUAGGCGGAGCAGCGGCCAUAGAAUCGCGUCCGUCUCAGCACAACUUCUCCACGGUAGCUGUUGUACCGGUUAGCGAUGAUGUACCACUGACUGCCUUCACAUACGAGCUGUACCACUCUUUAUGUGCCAUUGGGCCAACAGUGCGUCUAACUUCCGACGUGAUAAGAAAACUUCUGGGACUGACGAUUAUGGAUCCGAACAAUGAAUAUCGCCUCAGCUCUUGGUUAGCGCAGCAGGAAGACAAACAUAAAGUGGCGCUAUAUCAAUGCGACCCAAGUCUAACGCAAUGGACCCAAAGAUGCAUCCGGCAGGCCGAUUGCAUUUUAAUUGUAGCACUUGGUGAUAAACAACCGAGCAUUGGAAAAAUCGAAAAAGAAAUCGAACGACUAGCGAUUCGAACGCAAAAGGAAUUGGUACUUCUCCAUAGAGAGGGUGGUCCCAAUCCUUCAGGAACUGUACACUGGCUUAAUAUGCGUACAUGGGUUAGCCAGCAUCAUCACGUGAGAUGUCCACACCGCAUGUUCACUAGAAAGAGUCAGUAUAGAAUUAGCGAGCUGUACAGCAAAGUUCUGAUGUCGGAAGCGAGCGUGCACUCGGACUUCUCUCGGCUUGCGCGCUGGCUCACCGGCACCGCAGUGGGAUUGGUGCUGGGCGGUGGCGGUGCGAGGGGCGCGGCCCACGUCGGUAUGAUACGCGCUAUACAGGAAGCUGGAAUCCCGAUCGACAUGGUUGGCGGAGUCAGCAUUGGAGCGUUCAUGGGUGCAUUGUGGUGUAUGGAACGCAAUAUAACUACGGUCACGCAGAAAGCUAGGGAUUGGUCUCAGAAAAUGACUCAAUGGGGCAAGCAGCUCAUGGACUUGACGUACCCCGCAACGUCUAUGUUCUCUGGACGUCAGUUCAACACAACCAUCAAAUCAACCUUCGGGGAGGUCCAUAUAGAAGACCUAUGGUUGCCAUACUUUACAGUAACCACCGAUAUCAGUUCCAGUUGUAUGAGGGUACAUCGACAUGGCAUGCUAUGGCGGUUCUGUCGCGCGUCGAUGAGCAUAGCUGGCAUCUUCCCACCCAUCUGCGAUCCCACGGAUGGGCAUCUACUGCUGGAUGGCUGUUACGUGAACAAUGUGCCAGCUGAUGUAAUGAGAUCUCUGGGCGCUAAACAUAUUUUGGCUAUCGACGUCGGUUCUCAAGACGACACCGAUCUAACCAAUUAUGGAGACGACUUGUCUGGCUGGUGGUUGCUAUGGAAACGAUGGAAUCCGUUCACGACUCCAGUAAAGGUGCCGAAUCUUCCCGAUAUUCAAAGCAGGCUUGCAUACGUUUCAUGUAACCGACAGUUGGAGGAAGUGAAAACAUCGGAUUACUGCGAAUACAUCCGACCUCCAAUUGACUCGUACAAAACCCUGCAGUUCGGUUCUUUCGAUGAGAUCCGAGAAGUUGGCUACAGGCAUGGCUCAGCGUACUUCGAAGGGCAGAGGAGAGGUGGGGGCGGGGGAGUAAGCGGUGCAGCGGCUGAGGGGAGAAAACACGAUGCACAACCCGCUAUAACUGACUAUACAUUCACCGACCUGGCACAGAUGGUGUGUUCCGUACGCACUGCGCGGGACGUUGAGAACGAAUCGUCGUCCUCAUCGGACUACGAGGAUGACCAAAGGCACUUUGAGGGUUACGCGUCUGAACCCAGCGCCGGUAUUCUCGAGAUGUCUUCGAGCGUAGAGGACGCCGCUGCGUGGAUCAGCGACACGGAACUGGAGGGUCUGCGCACACGGCGCGUGGGCGGCUCUCUCUCACUGUCAGAGGACGAAAUGGACUCCGAAGCUGAGGUGUAUGAUCCGCUCAAUAAAAGGGGUGGGGGCAGAUGAGACCCGACCAUGCACGAUCUGUGCAAAGCGUUGUUCAAGUACGUGCAGGGGGAUCGCGAGUGCAGUGACUAGAAUAGCCUACAGAGGUCUGUAGCGUAGUGACCUUGAAUGAACGAUUAUAUAGUUUAGUGCGUCUCAGUAAUUGCGUUCAACGGAACCCACAGUUUUAGCAGCUCUAGGGAUCGCGAGUGAAGUGACUGGAAUGACCUACAGAGGUCAGUAGCGUGUGACCUUGAAUUACGGGAUUUAGUAAAGUGCAUCUCCGGUUUUCCGUUUAACUUAGCUUCCCAAUUUUAGCAGCUGUAUAUGUAAGGAGAUCGUGAUGUAUCUAGAAUUACCAACAGAGGUCAGUAGCAUGUGACCUUGAAUGAACCGUAUUUAGUUAAGUGCAUCUCUGUCUGUCCGUUCAACUUAACUCCACAGCAGCUAUGUAAGGAGACCCUGAAUGAACUGACUAGAAUGACCUGCAGAGGUCGGUAGCGUAUCGUGACCUCGAAUUAACAAUAUUUAGUUCCGCGCGUCUCUGUCUUUUCAUUCAACCUCACAGUUUUAUCAGCCUAGUACAAGUAAUUGCAUAGAAAUCGCGAGUGCAGUGACUGGAAUGAUCUACAGAGGUCUGUUGCAUGUGACCUUGAAUGAAACAUAUUUAGUUAAGUGAGUCAUUUCAACAACCCCACAGUUUCAGCAGCUGUACAUGCAACGAGAUUGUGAGGGAAGUGACUAGAACGACCUAAAAAGGUCUGUAACGUAGCGUGACCUUGAAUGAACCAUAAGAGUUAAUUCCGUCUGUCUUUUCGUUAAACCUUGAAAUUUUUGGCAGCUCAGUAAAAUUAUUAACCAGGCGUCGCGAUUGCAGUGACAAGAAUGACAAUCAGAGGCCUUGCAACGUGAACUUGAAUGAAACGUUUCGUUCAGUUCGUCGCUGUCAUUUCGUUCAACAUAAUUACACAGUUUUAGCUGCGUACGCGUGUGUAGUGAAGAGAAUCACCUACAGAGGUAUGUAGCAAAUGACCUUGAAUUAACCUUUUUGUUCGAGCGUCGCUGUCAUUUCGUUUAACAUAAUUCUGGGGGGACCUUGAAUGAACUUUUAGUUCAGGCUAUCGCUUUGUUCAAUAGAAGUAUUAUUUUGGCUUCAUAUACGUACGGACGCAAGUUUCACACUAAUUUUGCUGUAAAGACCUUAGGCUUGCUUUUACCAUAAGUAACAGUAUCUUGAUCACCGAUACGCGCCCACGUUCAUGAUAAGGCAUUGUCGACAGUUCAGAAAAGAAAGAGACGCAGUUCGAUUUGUCCGUAGCGAAGCUAUUGUAGAAUUCUGCGCAAAAUAUACUGUAACCUAACGAGCACGAAGAUUGAAAUUUUCCAUUAGAAUUUAAUAGAGAAACGUGCACACGAAAUACAUUUUGUUACUUUUGUCAUCUUAUAAAGCUGUCAAUUUUGACAAUACAAAUAAUUGAAGUUUUCGUUUCUGAUUAAUGUAAAUAAUAAAACACUGAUCGAAUUAGUUUUAUGGCUAAUAUUAUAGUAGGCAAAUAAAAUCUUAGAACACUUUCCACACGUUAUCAUUUUUAAUCACAUAUAAAUAAAUUUUACAUUGAAUUAAAAAAUUUAAUCGUACUAUGUAGACCAUUCUAACAAAAAAAUACAAAUUCCAAAGAAUACCGUGAGUGAAAAAAAUAUCGCUGUACAUAGCUUUUAUACGAUACGCGUAGAUUUAAAAUAAAUUCGUAUUGUUAUGACAAUACUUCAUUUUUAUAAUAUUUAAUUGAAUAAAAAAAUAAAUUAUAGCCGAUGGAAAGUGCCAUAUUAUUGCAUUCCUAUACAACUAGGUGUAAUAUGAGUGUACUUAUUUUAUUUGUAAAACAGGUAAACUAAUGUACUUAGACAUUAAAAUUAUUUUCUUUUCGAGAAACUCUCGCAUGUAAAGGUAUGCGGCUAAACUGGAUAUGUGCGUGAAUUAUUUUUGACGGCCUCACUGACGCAGAGCUGAAUCAUAUGAGUAGAGGGUGAGGGUUAUAUCCAUCUUGUUGGUCUUUACCAACAAAGACGUGCCGCCAAACGAUUAGACAUUACGGUAACGAUGUCCGAGAAACCGAUUAGGUGUAUAAGUUUCACCCGCUACCAUUUAGACUGCGUCAUCACUUAACACCAGGCGAUUUUGUAGUGGAAUAAAAAAAAAAAGGUAAAAUACGCACAUUCACAUGAUGGUUGCACUUGUCAUAAGAAUAACUAAAACAAAAUUAUUGCUCCAGACUCAUAUUUAAGAAGUACUUUUUUGUGUUUGAUUUUCAAAAAGUUAGUUAGCCCACGUCGUCGCCCCACCUCCCUAUCUUCAUACAACACGUUAUAAUAAUAAAGCUAUACUUUAAUUUUUAACAUUAUUAUAAAUGUUAUUGAUAUAUUCUAAAGCUAUUGAACUACAGUUGGCAUUAAGUAAGUUUAUCGUUAACCUAAAUCAGGUUUUCAAUAUGAUUUUUCAGGUUGUAUAGAUGUCGAGAUUAUAAUUUGAAGACUUGUUAAUUCCAGCCUCCUUAACUUAAACUUACGUUGUGCAAACUGUAAUGAAUAACUUAAAAAAAAAUAAGAAGGUAGUGGCAGCCCUGGCGUUGUCUGUAUGGCGAUAGCGGGUCCUUGCGGGCUGAGAGGGGAAGAGGGGCUUAUAGCUUGGCCUUAGGGCAUGCACAAACUAGAUUUAAACCCAAACUUAGUUAUUCUUAUGCCCUUGCUAUAGUUUAAGGUAAUUUGUACAGAACUGAAUAUGUAGCUAAUACUUAUUAUGUAGCUGUAAGGUCGCCAACAAAGGCACAAAAAUGUAAAUGUAUUAAAAUGCCAAAUGUUACUCAAAAUGUGUCUCCUACGUUUUAUUUAUCAAUAAAUGCUCAAACUAUCUU